AAGACGGGAACAGAAGAAGAAGAAAGUCCAGACCGGAAGACGCAUCAGCCAUGACAGCACCACCACACACUCCGAGCCAUUCUCGGAACGUAUCAGCGGUGGACUCGUAUGGCUACUCGCCCGCGGCGGAGCGCCGCCAGUCCCGCGGCUCACUGAAUAACGAACCGCUGACGCCGUUGAGGCACAGCUUCAACAACCCCGACAGCACCAUGGAUAUAAGUGCCUUUGCGAGCGGCGGUGGCGGCCUUGGCGAAGGCGGCGGCGGGAUCGGGAACCUGGCUGACGAGCUGGCGGGCGCCUUUUCGGACGAGGACGAGGACGGCGAGUACUACGAUAACGACGGCGCCGCCGCCGCAGGGGUGCCCAACCCAGACGGUUUGCAGGCGCCGCGCGACAGCGGGGUGGACGUGGACGGCCCAAAAGAAGGUGGCAGCCACACGCGCGACAUGAGCCUAAGCAUCCCGCAACCCAGCAGGGGCCACAGGAGAGCGGGAAGCGAGUACGACGGCAGCGAGUACGGGUCCGACUCCGACCUCGACUCGCCCGGCAUGCCGCCCGGCCUGGUCGCCAAAAUAGACGCCGUCGAGUCGCUGGCCAGGCGCGGUACCGAGACCACAGGCGGCGCGACCGAUGGUGUCUUCCACAGGGUUACGGAUAGCCUGCGAGAUCUUGGCUCGCAGACUGGCGUUGAGCAGAGCACUACGAGGCUGAUUACCGCACACACGGCAGUGACCACACACCUUCAGCACUCGGCGCGGCAGCUGCAAGGCCUGAGCUACUCGCUGUUUGCGCCCAUGGCGCCGCCGCCCGACGCGGACGCGGUGGACGAGCUGCUUCCUGUGCUAGCGGCGCUGUCGGAGAGCAUGCCGCGGCCGGCGACGUCAGCGCACGGGUCGCUGGCGGCGCUGCACGUGGCCACGGCGGAUCUGGUGCAGACGCUCAACUACCUGUCAGACACGCUGGCCAUGUCGCGUCAGACGACCAACACGGCGGCGCGCCGCCUCAAGGGCGCCAAGGAGGUGGUGGCCGAGAUGCGCCGCGAGGAGGAGGAGCGCGAGGAGGGGGAGAGGUGGAUAGCCAGGGGCGAUUGGAGCGAGAAGCUGCGCAGGCGCGAGUGCGCUGCCGCUUGCAACGACGUUGUGGGCGGGUUCGAGGAGGUGUGCAACUCGUGGCGCGCCAGGAUCCUGGCCCAGGCUGAGGCUGCUCCUGCUCCUGCCUGACCUUGUUUUACUUGACACCUUUCUUUUCUUGUUUAAUCUUCAUUUCUUCGCUCGGUCAUGGGGACUCGUGUUCGCAAGCACCAGCGCUAGACGAGCUCCUGGUUGGGCGGUAUCGAGUCGCCACGGGGCUCGCGCCUUUGAGCUGCACUUUGUUUCCCUCACUUUGUUUUUUCCCCUUUAUAUCAACAUCACGGCCUGGCCGGGCAGCAUGGAUACAUCUCGGUCUGGCUUGCACGAAGACUACGGACGGCGCUUAUCGGAACCUGUUUUGUUUUUGUUUUCUGAUUUUCUUUUGUUAUCGUGUGUUGUGUUUUUCAACUCUAGAGAAAGACAAAACGCAACAAUGUAUAUCCUUUCCUAACCAUAGACUCGGGACCACGUCAGGCAGCUGCCUUCGGAGCUGAGGGCGGCACAAUACGAAGCAAGAAAAAAAAGGAGCAUCAAACGUGGCGUCGCCGGACGUCCCCUCCAUCAGCCUUGUUCCCCACCAUGGUGACAGCCUCAGCCUCGGGCGCCG